AUAACAUAUUGCCAGUGAUUAAAAAGCGGGAGAACAAUAAUUUGGUGUUUUAUAUAACAAAGCUAUUAUCGUGCACACCGUGCACAAUCUUGUCGUAUUGUCAAGACUUGUGUCCCAAGACACAAAGUGUAUAAUCUGGUAAUUCCUGGGUCCUCGCAUCUUUGUUUGCUUUUGGUGGAUAUCAAUCUAUCCAGUAAGGCACGAUGGAGGUGACCUUUAGUCUAGAUUAUUAAAAGAAACGAUUUCUCAAUGAUUGCUUUCUCGUGAUCAUGUCAAAUAGAUCUUGUUUUGAUCUAGAGCUGGGAGGGAACGGACACGUCUUGUUGGUCAUUUGAUCUAAUGUGAAUGGUGUGAAUUGUUUACCACCGCACUCUUCUGAUACAUCUUCUGCAGAUCUGGGGACUUGCUUCUAGUUCAUUUCCAAGAUGGAAUUACCUAGAGGAUUUCUGAUUGCUUCUUUCAUCCUGUCGGUGUCUAUCUUCAUCGUGGCAGGAGAGCCAGAUCCCAAUGUCUGCAUCCCAGCACCACCUACGGGAGAGGGCCCACCCCUCCCUAAAUUACCCACCCAGUACCGUCUCAGGAUAGAAGCGAACAUCAAGAAUAAGGAUUACUCACUUGAAAUGCAGGAAUAUUACGACCAGCCAGGUAACAGGGGUGCAUCAGAUACCCUGUCAAGAGGGUUUCAAUCCCAUACUUCCUACAACUACAAUACCGGACAGUCCAUCACCACAAUAGGUGACAGAUGUGUCGUUGCAAAUAUGUCUACCACGCCUUUCAAUCUCUAUGGAUUCGAACUUGUAGACGGCUCUCCUCAUAUCGGAGGGGUUAAUGAUAUCUUUACUUUUGGUGGAAAGUAUAAUGAGACGUACAUCGGCCAAGAGUAUGUGAGAGGUAUCCUAACAAAUCACUGGCAGAACUGUAUGUACAUCGAGAGCACGAACCAGACCUAUCUUCUUGACUACUUCUUUUCAAUCCCAAGUCAUAAGACAGCAGGAGGUGGUGGAGAAAUCCCAGUCAGGGCAGUCAUGAAUGGAACGGGUCAGACCUAUGUUCCUGGUCCUGGGGGUGAACCUAUUCCACUCCCCACGAGACACAGUUUCUAUCACAUUUAUGAUUUCUUCGAAGUCAUACCAGGCCCUGUCGCCGAGGAGAGAGCAUUCGAGCCCCCUUUGGGAUAUAUGUGUGAGAACCGAAUAAGUGAGCAACCAUUCCCUGAACUAUAUGAUAUGGAUGUUUUCAAUGUUGGAGUGGAGCUAGCAGUACCGGCACCAGCAAACCGUAUCUAUACUAUUUGGGAAUAUUAUAACUACAAAGCAAACAUAGUAGCCUAUCAGUUCCAGCCUUGGGGUGUUGGCGAGCCCAAAGAUCCCAUGAAAGAAGUUCACGACUAUAACCUUGGACUGAGUUUUCAGAUUGAUAUUGCCAAGAGUUCUUGUACAGUUGGUCCUAUCCCUGUUUAUACUGGUGAAGCUGGGAGUGAUGAUGGAGAACAUGUCUACCUCAGAUCAAUUUCAAGCUUCCUUCAACUUGGCAAAGUCAAUUGGGUUUAUGAGGGUCAGUCUACUAGAAGGCAAAUUCCUGUGGAAUCUUGGAUCGCCCAAAUCAAUGAUAUCGAAGUCGGACCAGGCAUGACCUCGAAUAUGACCUUGGAAUAUUUCUUUGCAAAUGAAAGUUGGAGCUCAGCAGCUAAAUUCCAUCAUGCUGUUAACCAUAUCCCCGUAGCGCUCGACGUUUCUUACAUUGUAAAGGGGAAUAUUCCUGUGCCAAUCAAAUCAAGCGUAUCGCAGCACUUCUUCGCCCUGAAUUACGACGCGUUCAACCCAUAUAUGACUGAUGUCAGUCUCUGCUAUGACGCCAAGGAUAGCAAGGAGCUCGCUAUAGACAUGGAGGAUAAAUACAUAUUUGAUGUUUAUGUUCAAAACAGCACAAAUUCUUUCUAUUUUGGAGUGGUUAACAGCCUGGCUAAAGCAGCUAAUGUAACUGCUUCCAGAAUAUCAAAUCCAGUGGCCAUUGAAGGCAAUGGGGGAAUGAUGACGAUAUACUUCAAACUUCUUGGAAUACCUCCAGUAGAGGGAGACGUCUGGAACAUAACGCAGCAAAUCACGCUCGAAGAGUCUCAUGAAAGACUUGACAAAUCCAUAAAUGAGGGCUUGAUGAUCACAUUCAGGAGUGAAGGACAGCAAGUUGAUCUUCCCGUUGCAAGACAAAGUCUUCGAGCCGAUUUUGUUCCAGCUGAAACAUCGGGAGGAUUCACUGUCGGUGCUCUAGUCGGCAUGGGAAUAGGCAUGUUCGUAUUUGGUGGAAUACUCGCCAUGGGCGUGGCCUUCUUAAUGUCCAGAAUGUCAAAGGGUCCUUUCUCGUACAAGACUCAAGAAUAGAGAUUACCUCUCCAGCUUGAUCGUAGAUUGUCCUAUAUUUUUGGUACAGAUGUUAGUUAUUUCAUUAUUGAUUUAUAUAUUAUACAGAUAUUGCCUACAAAGAGUUUGAAUAUAACACUUCGUUUCCCCGACGGAGUUAUAUUUUUCCCAAGGGAUUAUAUUUUGCCCGAAGCGCAAAAAAGAUAAAAGGUUAUAUACACAUAAUUAUAUUCCUCUCACUAGACUCGUCGAACUCCGGAAAUAUGCACCACUUCGCGAAAUAUGUGGUAUCUUCUUUAAAGCAACUCAAUAUUUUAAGUAUUACCUAUAGGCCUACAGUACAUUUUAGCAGCUAAAUAAAAAGUCACGUUUCGCACGCUGAGACCAAAGCGGUAAAAUUUGAUUCAAUCAAAUUUGAUCUUACGAAGCGAAGAUGCCCGGUGGCAAGUGAAAUGACUUGUUCAGUCAAAUUGGGGGGUGCGAUAGUAUACACAAGUCAUAAUGAAUGUUAUUUUCAUUCGUGUGAGGCAGAAUACUUCAUGAGGUGAAAGAUGAAAUGAUCCAUUUUGAAUGUAUUUAUUUAUUUAUUUCAAUGUAUUUAACCAGGGUAGCCCACUCAGCAAUAAACCGGUCUCCCAUGGGGCCCUGGAAUACAUGAUAAAAACAAGUAUAAAAACAUUUAAAUACAUAUGAAAUAUAUAAAGAAAUAUUUUAAUUAACUUAACUCAUAUCGUAACAAAAAAUAGAGUAGGAAGCGUACGGAAACAUGAUACUAAUUAACAAAUUACACACAAAGCAAUACAUAUAAAUAAAAUAAAGUAGAUAGACAUAAAAAGUUAAAGGGCAAUAAUAAAACUUGAAAUUUAAAAAGAUGCACUUUCAGUUUCGUUUAAAAAAUUGAUAGAGAUUUUUGACUGUUUCAAAUUAAAUGGUAAGUUGUUCCAAAGAAAAAUCGCUGAGUAAGAUAAAUGAUUCAUUCAUUUCAACUUUCACCGAAUUAAGUAUUCUGCCCCUCACGACAUUCAUUAUUUGGUUUAUAAGGCACCUAAAAACAGAUUCUUUUUCAUAUAAUGUAUCAAUCUCGAUGCAGAAUAUGAUCAUGCAGUGCGAGCUCGCUCUGUUUAUUGAUACAUACCACAUACGCGCUGCAUGCAAACACGGGUUGUUUUACUUGCGGUGCCCAUGGUGUUCCCAAAUGGGCUGAAUGAUCGAUAUCAAACUACCAAUCAAAAAGAAAUAAUGACAAGGAUCUAUCUAGGCGUCAUAUAAAUGAUAAUUAUUAUCUUGGAGGACCUUAUUUCACGGAAUACCAGGAAUAUUCCACUGAUCUGUGAUUCGUGGAAUAUUUUCCCAAACUCUUGGAAUAUGUCUGGUAUUCCAUUCUUAGCCAUCCAAUAUAUUAUGAUUAUCUUUCUAAUGAUUAUCUUUAUUAUGAUUAUCUUUCUAAGAUAAAUUUUUGAGAUGUGACUGUACAAUUUUUCGCUACAUUCAACUUAAUGUUUCGUGUAUGUCAUUAUGGUUGUAUUUUAAUAGAUAUUGAUAUGUAUUUUGAUGAAAAAAGCAAAAAAUAUUAAAGGUUAAUGAAACCAAUUUGCGGUAUAUAGUGCGUUCUUCAUCGAAUGAAAUAUCUCCAUCUAUAAUAAUUUUGCAUCAGGACCAGAUCCCCCUUGUGAACUAUCACAGUUUUGCACUUUAACUGAUGAAGAAGUCUUAAAAUUAAUAAAGAGAUCGUCAUCCAAAUCGAGCCCUGCAGAUCCUCUACCGACAUGGCUUUUGAAACGUCACAUUUCAUCAUUCCUCCCCACUCUGACUGAACUCAUUAAUGCUUCGCUGUCAACAGGGACAUUUCCAGCAGCUCUUGGCUCAGCUGUCAUUACGCCAGUUUUAAAAAAACCAUCACUUGACAAAGAUAAAUUACAAAACUACCGGCCAGUGUCAAACAUUCGCUACUAUGGGAAGCUGAUCGAGUCUGCUGUUUCGGCCCAACUCACUAAGCACAUUGAAUCAAAUGGACUAUCUGAUCCAAUGCAGUCAGCGUAUCGAGCUGGUUAUAGUACAGAAACUGCUCUUCUUCGUCUCCAGAACUACAUAUGUACUUCACUUGAUCAUCAAAAUUCAGUUGCUCUCAUAAGUCUUGACCUAUCAGCUGCAUUCGAUACGGUUGAUAAGGGAAUCCUCCUAAAGCGCUUAGAGGAGUCAUUUGGCAUCACAGGUUGUGCACUACACUGGUUCUCAUCCUAUCUCCAAAGUAGAAAGUACCAUGUUAGAGUAAAUGGUGCUCAGUCAAAUGUUGAGGACUUGAAAUUUGGUAUCCCACAAGGAUCAGUGAUCGGUCCUAAAUGUUUUACUUUAUAUCUACAACCUAUUAAAAAUAUAAUUGAAGAGCAUGGGUUUCAGUACCAAAUGUAUGCUGACGAUAUACAAGUGUAUGAAGAAUUCAACAUAAAUGAGGCAGAUGUGACUCUCAGCCGACUAUCUGAUUGUUUGAAGGAUAUCCAAAAUUGGUUGCAAAUCAAUAAACUUCACCUUAACCGUGAGAAAACGGACUUCAUCAUUUUUUCGUCAUCAAUGCAUUAUCGUACUCUUCAAAACGUCUCUUUGAGCAUUGAUGAACAUACCUUAUCUCCAUCAGACUCUAUUCGUAUUCUUGGUUGUGUUCUAGAUAAACAUAUGACAAUGUCAGAUCAAGUUACUAGUGUGUCUAAGUCAGUUAACUACCACCUUCGAAAUAUUAAUAGAAUCAGAAAGUUUAUUGAUAAUGAUACAUGUCAUACUGCUGUUAGGUCGCUGGUUACAUCUAGAUUAGAUUAUUGUAAUUCUCUUUAUAAUGGUGUCACCUCUCAGAACCUAGAUCGUCUUCAGAAAUUACAAAAUAAAGCAGCUAGGGUCAUUUACUGUCAACCAUCAUAUACACAGACAACCCCCCUGAUAAGAGAAUUACACUGGUUGAAAGUAAAAAAUCGAAUUGAGCAUAAGUCUCUGACUAUCACAUUCAAAUGUCUUAAUGAUCAAGCUCCAUCAUACCUGUCAGACCUCCUAACAGUUCGCCAAUCAAUGUAUAACACUCGGUCAUCAUCACAAAUCCCUCUUCAAAUCCCCCGAACAUUCAAAUCAGUAGGUGAUAGGUCAUUUUCUGUGUUUGCCCCCAAAUAUUGGAAUAGAUUACCCCAUAAACUUAGACAAUGUUCUUCUAUUGAUGUGUUUAAGAAGAUGCUUAAAUCUCAUUUGUUUUAACAUGUUUAAUAUAUUGCAA